UCUAGCAAAUGGUCGCUAAAUUCGCAAAAUUGUAGUUUGCUGUGAUAACAAUGAUAAAUACGGCCAAGUACUUUGCUCUUUUAGAGAAUUUAAGGCUUAGUAAGGCUCUAGCAAAUACCGCAAAUAACUCGGAGACUGCCGACGCCUUGGAAAUCAAUCUGCGAAUUUUGGAAAAAUAUGCUAAACUCGAAAUUGGUCAGCAAUUGCAUGAGCUAUGCCAGGAAUAUCAGUUGACAGACGAUCAAGAAUCUAGUAUUGAUCCCGAUUCGGAUCCUACUAUAUGCUAUAUAAUAAGAUUGCAACAUGUGCUACAUUCGAUCACGAGGAACAUUAAUUUCCACAGCGACGCAAAGGAGAAUCUUAUUUCGGUUGCGCACCUAAAACUGUGCAUCCAGGCUUCACAAGAGUUAUCAUAUUACUCGCUUCGAUGCCAACUGCAUGAGGAUUUCUACAAAUCGCCUAUCUUUUGUGAGGCCCGUGGGAAUCUUAAAGCUAACUUUUCAUUGAUGCUUCUAAGCAUUCAGUUAUUUAUAAAUAUACUGCCCAUUCGACAGUUCCACAUAGCCAACUCGAUGGAGCUGUUGCAAAGGGAUCUACUGGCGGCCAUUGUGAGUCUACGUGUGCAGCAGGACUCUCCACUGCUGGAUAAGGCUAUAUCCUACCUCUGGCAACAUGAAUCGAAAGCAGAUUUCUUUCGCCACAUAUUGCUACUUAAAGCCACACCUCUUUGCGCACCUCUGGCCCAAUUAUUGCAUCGUCAACUCCUAGGAAAGCUUCACUUACCCCAAGGAUUCGCUAGUCUUGUUGAUGCCCUCCAUCAAACUCCCAAUGUGAGUGCUUCCAGAAAUGCGGAAAUUGUGGCUAGUAUUGUGGCCAGAAAAGGAUUUUCUCAGUUAGCGCAAGAAAAAAUGAUUUUCCAGUUGCUAGAUUAUUGCAAAUUCUAUCUCCAAAAUGCGGACAAAAUGUGCGCCGGUGUCCUAUCGCUCAGAAGACUUUACGAUUUAAGUGAUACAAAUCAAAAGCUGAUAGAAGAAAUAUUAUCCAAACACUGGGAAACGCUUUGUAACCCAGAAGACAUUAUUAAUGGCCUUAUCUUAAUGGAUCACCAGGAACUGUGCAAUCGCAUCCUCUUAUGGCAGCAUCUCUUUUGUUCUUCAACCGUAGCUUGCUUACCUAGUAAUCUACUCGUUCCUUACCUUCCAUUGCUGCUCCAACUAUACGAUGGCCUACCAAUGGAAUUACCGGCGUCAUCGCAGCUUUCUGCCAUUAUUUUGCGUUGUCUGGACAACAGAGAAAUGGAAAACGAAUUACCUGCGAUACUCCAGAAGCUGUUUAAAUGGGAAGUUGAGAAGGAACCUCCUUGGAAGUGUUUAAACCCACGCAUUAUAAUCCUGCCUUCCAUGAGCACAACUCAAAUUCAGGUUAAAGUAGCUCACAAAGAUCAUCAAGCAGAUCACGAUAUGGGCAGAAUAUUGCCCGGUCUACUCACAUCUAGCUCUCAUCAUUCCCUCACCUGCAAAGUUUUCCUCUGUCUUUUGGGCUUCAUAGCUAAACAGAUAAAUGAUAAAUCUUUAGCCAGCGUCGAUUUUAUUUCAUCAGAAGCAGAGCUCAGAGACUUUCUGCACUCCAAAUAUCAACUGAUGCUAGAUUUGCUUAUUGCUUUAAACCAAAUGGUAGCCCAUCAACCAUUAAGAGCUCAGCUAUCACAACAUACCAAGAAGCUUCUACAUAUACUAAAAGACUUGCUUGUGAACCGAUCUAGAGAGCAAGAGACCACGGAUCAGAUCCUACUUCUCGUUCUAAACCUUUUGCAGGAAAUUCUUGAGGGCAGUGAGAAUAUUCAACUUUCAGAGGCCUGUAAGGAACUGAAAGAGCAACUACACCAGUUGGGUGCUCAAUCUGCGAACCCUCUUAUCCAGCAAUCUGUACAAUCAUUGCUUACAAUAAUUCACGGCGCAUGGCGACCAAGUGAAGCUGUUAAAAUACAACCUUUUCAAAAAGCUCGGUCCCUGAUAGAGGAAAAGCAAUCCCACGUGCAAGUGUAUGGCAUUCAGAUGAUGAUUGAUUUGCUGAAAAAAAGAGAUCCUGCUACCUUAGCGCAGGGCCAACUUAUCAUAGCUUUAGCCCUGACCACUCUCAAGGAUAAGGAAUCCUAUACCUUCCUAAAUUGUGUUCGGCUCUUUGUGUCGCUUGUUCAUGUGAUGGAGUCCGAUGUGCUGGACAAAUUGAGUGAUGAGUACCUAUCAGAGACGGCUAACUUAGACUACCGCCUUGUAGUGGGUGAAGCUAUUCUGAAAGUUGCUCAGGAGUUGGGUCCUCUUUGCUUUCGAUACAAGGCGGUUCUUCUCAACUGCUUCAUGCACGGCUCCCGGUCUCCUGUUCACGAAUUCCGGAUGUCAGCCUUUGCCAAUCUCGCCCAGCUUUGUCGCCUGUUGGCCUUUCAAGUGCAGAACUUCUUCCACGAGUUACUCCAACUUGUUAAUAGCGAAUUAACCACCGGAGGAUAUGUUCCCUCUAAGCGUGCAGCAGUCCUGGUCUUAGCUGAACUAUUAAAUGGCAUGGAGAACCUACUGGAUUACCAGGAAAUGUUACUGCCCAUUUAUCGCCUUCUAAAAGCGAUUGAAGCGGAUGAAUCCUGUGAUCCUCAAAUGCGUCAGCAUGCUGCGAACGGUCUGAAAAUUUUAAACGAAAAGUGCACAAAACUGAUACAAUCUGCCUUGGAGGAGAAAUCAUUAAAGAAGCAGAUUAAGGUGUUGGGCAUUAAGGACGAUGAUUCACCUCAAAGAAAAAACCGACACAUACUCGAACUGAAUUAAAGGUUAUCUUAGAAACCUGCA